AUGGAAUGCGUUGAAGAGGAACUGGAGCCUUCCCAAGUUUCUUUUUACAACAAAGCUUGCAAUGAGUACAAUGAAGUUCAAGAAAGAUUAAAUAAUUAUAUUAAGACUUUAAAGGCGGAUAUAAUUGAAAAAAGUGAAAAUUGUAUGGUACUGCAAUUAAAUGCCAACAAAAUUCUAUCAGGUCCUACUAAUAAUCAAAAAUUAUUACCUUGCCAAACAACUGGGCCAAAAAAUAUUACUCAAUCCGAACAAAAUGAUCAAGAUUAUCAACCUAUUAUUAGCCAGGGAAUUUUACCAAGACCUUGUUCCAACUCGAAUAACAACACUUAUUUGUUAAUGGAUCCAAAUUUACAUUUUAUGGUUAGUCAAAUACAACCAACAAAUGUUAUUUCUGAACAAACCGCUAUGACUUCUACUUUAAAAUCAGGGACUGGUGGAAAAAACAAACCGUCAAUAAUAUUAGGGUCUACCCUAAUUUCGCCUAGAACAAAAAGUGGAUUAAAAAAGCAGUCUUCUGCAGAUGCUGAACAAUUAACAUCUCCCAUUAUUAGAACAAGGGAAAAAGUUAAACAUCAAUCUCCUAUUCAACAACAAUUUUUAACUUCUCAAAGUACACCUUUAACUUUACAAGAGCACACAUCAGGCACUAAUUUAAGUAUAUCUGGUAAUUAUAGAAUUAAAAUGAAUGCAAAGCCUGCUUCAUCCUCUUCAAGACCAUCAGAAAGUAAUGCAUUAGGAGGUUUAUUAAUUGGAUGCAAAAUUUGGAAAUCUACUACAGAUGAAUCAUCAGUUAAUAAAAAUAACUCAGAAUCACAAGAAAUAGCAUUAAAUAAAGCAAGUGGUAAAACCUUUCCUAGUUUGGUUGUUACAGCACGUCCAAAUUUGAAAACAAAAUUUAUGAAUCAGACUAAAAUAGCUCAAGAAAGAACUGCAUUAGAUACUAAAGUUAAAGGUGUACUCAUGUACACAAACAGUAAAUUUACCGAAUGGCUCAUCAGGCAAGGAUUAAUUAAAAGCGAACAAAUUUGUCAAACUCAUUUAAAUAGUGAUUUUAGCCCUGUAAAACUCAAAUUAGGAAUGUAUGGAGAUGUAUCAAAAUUUCCACAUUCCGGAGGUUACGUUUGGAUAUCUGAUUGUUGUCCAUCUCAAUUUGUCUCGGUGUUUUCUGGAUCCAUCUUCGAAGGAUCACCUCAUCCUCCGUCUACUUUAUUAAAACUUAUUUAUCAUUGGGCGUGUCAAACCAACGUUCAAAAUAUUGUUCAAUGGGUAAAAGUUGAUAAUUUAUAUGUAAAAAUUUUUUACACUCAAAUGAGAGCAGUUUGUACUCAAGCUAUUCAUGAAAAAUUUCAAAAAAUUGGUGGACCCAGAAAAAAAAUUGAAGUCGGAGUUAUUAGUUUAGGUACGACCUCUCAAGAUGGUAGCAAAAGACAAGUAAAAGUUGAGGUUUUAGGUGUCAUGGAUCACGAUAAUAAAUUGAUUCGUCUCAAAGCAGUUGAACCUCAUUCGGAUGAAAGAAGUUUCAAAAGGAAAUUUAUAAGAAUUCUUCAGCCUUUAGAAAAAUGGGUUGAUAAAGAUUCGAUUAUAAUAACAGAUUUUACCGUAAAUAAAGCUGCUUUAAAUGCAAUGGGCUUUCAUACGGUUUUCCAAGUAACUUCCGAUGCAAAAUAUUCUAAUCAAAACGUUAUGGAGUAUUUGCGAAGAAUCGUUCCGAGAAUGUUUCAGAAUACUUUAUCCCUUUUGAGUCGUCAAGUUAUCCAGCAAUUUCUCGACGAAUUGGUUUGGAGAGAAGUAUGGGGACCCAUACCUUCGCAAGCUUUUGCUAAUAUUAUUUCUCACAUGGCAGAACAAACAAAAUUGGAAACAAACGAAAAUUUUUUGACCAGACUAAAUAAAGUCGCUUCGAAUCCAUUUAAACAAUGGAAUUAUUCGGUUUGGGAUUCCGUUACCGGUGAUAAAAGUAAUGCGAGAGGAAGAUUAAAAUCACCGCCUCAACAAGAUUUUAACUUGAUAGAGUUGCCAGAAACAAUGGAAGUAUGUGGAAAAAGUACGAGAGCGAGAAAAAGAAUUGCCGAACAACCUUUAUCUAUGGAACCUACUCCAAAUAAAAAAAUAUCAAAAUUAUUGCCUGGUAAAGAAAAAACGAGAAAAGAUGAAAAUGUAAAAUUUAAAAAAAAGGGAAGUAAGAAGAAAACGGAAAUACUAUCGGAUGAUAUUAUUAAAUUUAUUAACGAAGGAGAACAGAUUUCAUUGGAAAAUUAUUACUACGGUUUUAAAACUGGUCAAAUUUUGGCCGAUGAGAAAUUUUCAUCGAAGGAUUUUAAUGUAAAAUAUCAAGUUAAUGAGACACAUGAUUCUUCAUUGUCAAUCAGAACCUGCGAUUACGAAAAAUUCAAUUGUCACAACGAUCUUGUGUUUCACAUGCAUAAAUCUCACGUGGAAUUAGAGAUGCCGUACGAAUGCGGGGUUUGUAAUUUCAGAACAAGCGUUUAUAAAUUUUACAUAAAACAUUUUACGGAGGUUCAUAAAAACGAUGGAUACGUUUUUUGUCCAUAUUGUCUCAAAGUGGUUUUACUCUCUUACAAAGGUUCAACGAUUUCAUCAAACGUCGUUUUUUACAUGUCGCAUUUGGAAAAGCAUCAAAGAUCGACAUUGAUAAAAGAGUGUAAUAAUUGUCAAUUGUCAUUUAUUCACGAAGGAAUUUUACAGCAGCAUUUGGAAGCCGAUCAUAAAAGUUUUAAAAAUGUAUCAGGUGUCGAACGAUAUGAGGAAUUACUAACAGGAAUUUCAAUGCCAAAACCCGGAGAUUUAAUAAAAUGUGAUUUUCUAUCAGAAACGACAAUAAAUAAAUCAAUUAAAGUGAAAAAUUUGUUUAACGAAAAUAAAUUAAACACUUUGAAAAUAUUUGGAUUAGAUGAAAAUUCAACUUGUAUUGAAUGCGAAGAAUUCUUAUUAGAUUCAGAACAUUAUACCGGUGAAUAUAAUUGUUUGAAAUGUUCUUAUUCCACGUGUUGUAAAAGAGCUAUUUACGAUCAUUCCACUGUUUUCCAUGAAGAUUGUAACGCACAAUAUUUUAUCGGUCGUCCCCUUCCUCCUGCAAAAGAAAUGUAUUGCGAUUGUGGAUUUUUCACUACUUCGGGAAAUAAAUUAGCUAAUCAUUUGGUUAAUUGCGAUAAAAUGACGGCGUACCUAAAUUCUAAAUCGAGUAUUUCAUCGUCCCCCCAAAUAUCAAGCGAAACAAGCGAAGAUUCAGAUAAUGCUAAAGAUGUUCUCAAUAUGCUCGGAUUGGUUCGUAAAUCUUCCGAUUCCCCCUGCGGUUCAUUUGAGUUAUCAAAAAAUGAUGACGUAGAAAUGAUUGAAAAUUCAGAAAAUUUAGAACGAGAACCUGAAACUGACAAGAUAAAAGAAAAAAAUGCCGAUGAAAUGCAAACAAAUGAUGAUGAUGAUGAUGAUAAUGCGAACGUACCGGAAAAAAUCUUAAAAUAUUCAAAUAAUGAUGAUAAUGAAAAGGAGGUAGAAGAAAUUUCAAAUAUUCAUGAUUCUCCAAAUAAAAAAGAUGAGGAAAUUGUUAAAGAAACGGAGGUUAUUAAAGAAGUUUGCGAAACGAGUGAAGAAAUUUCUAGUACAAAAUUACAAAAUGUUGAGGAAGAAACAAGGAAAACCGAUGAAGAAAAUACCAAUUUAUUAUUGUCUGAGGAAAGCAUAAUAAUGGGAAAAUCAGUUGAGGAUACGUCAUUAACGAUUACCAGCGGAGAAAAAGAAAUUGAACUUUCACCGGAAAUAUCAGAAAUUAAAGUACAGAAUGAUGAAAGCGAUCCACCAGAAAAUGGUGACAACACGUGUCCAAGUGAUGGUAUUGAGAAGGAAAACUCUGAGGAUGAAAAAUCCGAGCAAGAACAGCGAGGAAUUGAACAAGGGAAUACGGAUGAAAAACCGGAACAAAUUAGGAGCUAUUCUGACAAUCCUGAAUCUCAAACGAUUAUCGAUACGAAUACUCGAGAUGAAGAAAACGUUACGAGUCAUUCGGAAAAUGAAAUGUCACCGUCCGAAAAAGGCAAUGAAAAACCUAAAGAUGACGACGUAUCAUUAUUGGAAAUGAAAGAAAAUACCGAGGAAAAACCCUUAGAAAUUGAAAAUUCAGAAAAAAUUCAGAAUCCGAUUUGA